GAGAACUGGAGAAAAGGGUGCAGCUUUAGUGGGAAGCCAAAUCUCCAUUUGCAAUGUAUUGAGCUUUGUGGAAAAAAAAGUACCAUUCAUACAGCGGGGAUAAGAGCAUUUGUUUAAAUAUGAGCUGUUAAGAAUAAACUUGAAGUCAAUGUUAUCUCUUAUGAAUCUUGCUGGCCUGGUGUUUGCUUCGGGCAUUCUGAAGCUGUGUGGUGCUUGACAGGAGCUGGCUUGUUUUCAGGUCUCCAAGCUGAAUCAAUAACAGAAAGGAGGAGACAACUUGCUAGUUUGCCUAAACUUUACCGAGCAGUGAUUGAAGACGUAAUCAACGAUGUACGGGAGCUUUUCUUGGACGAAGGAGUGGAGGAACAAGUCCUUAUGGAAUUAAAAACGUUAUGGGAGAACAAGCUGAUGCAGUCGAAGGCUGUAGAUGGCUUCCACUCAGAGGAGCAACAGAUUUUAAUGCAGGCGCAGCAACAACAGCAGCAGCAGCAGCAACAGCAGCAGCAACAGCAGCAACAACAGCAGCAGCAACAGCAUCACCAACACCAUCACCAGACUCAACAGCAACCACAGACACAGCAAGUGCUCACCAUCCCCACAAAUUCAGGUCCGCAGGUUAUUAUGCAAGAUGGAAAAAUAAUACAACACAUGAAUCCAACGGGCAUGAGUACAGCCGCUUCUGCAGCAACUUUGGCAUUACCGGCCGGUGUUUCGGCUCCGUACCAGAUUACCUCUAAUGGACAAUUACUCACCAAUACAGGACAGUUGCUCCAAGUUGUAAGAGCCGCUAAUGGAGCCCACUACUUCCUCCAGCCGCAUCAGCAGGUGGUCCUGGCACAGCCGCAGGUCAUUCAGCAGAUGCAGUCCAGUGUGCAGGCGCCCGUCAUACAGCAGAUGCUCACUCCGCUGGCUCCUGGAAGUAUCUCUCAGCAGGCUGGAGUCAUCAUCCAACCCCAGCAGAUCAUUGUGGCAGGAAACAAAGUUGCUUCGAAUGCACAGGUUAUGCAAACCACAACAACUGUAGCAGCAGCCACCCCUUCAACACAGGUGGCCCAGACAAACAGCUCAACCCCUGUCCAGCAACAACAACAACAACCGCAGCAACAGCAGCAACAGCAGCAACAGCAGCCGCCUCUGGUGAUGCAGGUGGAUGGUGCUGGGGACACAUCCUCGGAGGAAGACGAGGAUGACGAAGAAGAUGAGUACGAUGACGAGGAGGAGGAAAAAGACAAGGAGGAAGUUGGGGAAGGCGGGCAAGUUGAAGAGGAGUCAUUGAACAGUGAGGAUGAUGUGAGCGAUGAAGAAGGUCAAGAGCUGUUUGACACGGAAAAUGUUGUUGUUUGUCAGUACGACAAGAUCCACAGAAGUAAGAAUAAGUGGAAAUUUCACCUCAAGGAUGGAAUCAUGAACCUGAACGGGAGAGAUUUUGUGUUUUCCAAAGCCAUUGGCGAUGCGGAGUGGUAAGAAUUCUGCCCCUCUGAGAACGGACAGGCUCAUCAGACUGGACUGUUUGCACUUCAGCUGAAGUUCAAAGCCUGCAAGUGAAAGAUGCAGAACUACUGGAGCCCGCACUACUGAGAUGUACAACAACACUACAUUACACGGGAAAAGCCUUGCCAGACAAAUGGCUUCACAUUUUUACAGAGUAGUGAGUGGGGAGGGAGGGAGGGGAAACUGUGCUUAACUAUCUGUCAUACCAUAAUAUAGUCACCGCUUGCUGGCGAAUAACAUUCGCAAAUUUUUAAAUGAGUUUUAAAAACUGAAAAUUGGAACAAGAUUCUUCUGAGGAAGGCUUUUUGAGGACCAGGUCACUGUGUUCAACACUGUCAUUUGAAGUGAAACAUAAACUGAUUUAAACAAACAAACAGAUCAAAAAAAAAAAAUCCUAAUAGGGGGAAGCUUGUAACUGGAACUUUGAACCACUUUGCGCAGUGAUUCAAUAACUUCUCACUGCAGGGCACCAAGAUGUGUACUGAGUCUGUACCAAUGACUGAUGCCUUUUAAGGUAAAGAACUGGAUAAGAUGAGUUUGAACUGCAAACACUAUGAUAGCGCUAGAUGUUUGAUAACCCCCUUCCCCCACCCCCCCCUCCCGCCCCACU